CUUUGAAAAGUAACAUAUAUUAACGGUAGCGGAAGCCAGGCAGCUCAUUCCACACGUUGCAGCGAAGGAGAGAGGACCUUUGGGAUCUUAAUUCUUGACUCCUCUCACUCGUAACCCCUUCAGUAUCUAUAUUCACGAGUGCAAGCUUUUCAUAAUGGCUUCUUAUUCUGUUCUUUUUAUUGUUUGUUUGGCCAUCGUUCCACUCCAAGCUGUCACUGUUCCCUUCACGAGCUGCAAUACAGGUGACCCCGUACCGGCCACUGUCAGAAUGAACUGCUCCAGUCUCCUAACAGACACGUGCGUGCUGAAGAAGGGACACACGUACCUUCUUCAGGCGGAGUUUGUGCCUCAGUCUCCGUCAGUAGAUGUGGAGAGUUCGGUGGCGUGGAGAUCCUGGGUGGAGAUGCCUUUGCCUGGCCAGGACUCCGAGGCGUGUAAGGGGCGCCUGCCUUGUCCUCUCACUGCAGGGACCCCCGUUACCUUCACCUACCCCCUGCACAUUGAAAACUUCUGGAUGAGGAGGCGGUAUCCAAUGGUGUGGAAACUUGAAGAUGAUGACACAGACAGCAUCAUCCUCUGCUUCAACAUCAAGACUUUCAUCACAUCGUAGAGAAAACACCGAGGACUAAACAUUAUUAUCACCACCAUCAUCACAUUGAUUUCCAUUUGUAUUCAUCAUAAUCUAUGUAUACAUUUUAUUACUAUUACAAAUUUAAUCUUCAUCCUCAUUAUCAUUCGUAUCUAAGUUUUUUUUUUUUUAAUCGUAUUGUAUUGUUUCUGCUACUAAUAAUUUCACACUACGAAUAUUAUACCUGUAAUGUAUACGAUCAGUUAUUUCUAUUAAAAUAUACAAAAAAAAUUAAAA